GGGAGAAUCCGGGCACCGGGGACGACAAGCUCUCGGGGCCCUGGAGCAAGGACAAGAAGGACCCCAACGCCUCCGCGGGGGACAAGGAGCAGGAGCUGUCUGAAGAAGACAAACAACUGCAGGAUGAGCUGGAGAUGCUCGUGGAGCGCCUGGGGGAGCAUGACACGUCCCUCUACCGGCCUGCCCUCGAGGAGCUGCGGAGGCAGAUCCGUUCUUCCACAACUUCUAUGACUUCUGUGCCUAAGCCCUUGAAGUUCUUGCGACCGCAUUAUGGCAAGCUGAAGGAAAUCUAUGAGAGCAUGACUCCAGGGGAGAACAAGCGGUUCGCAGCUGAUAUAAUAUCUGUUCUGGCCAUGACGAUGAGUGGAGAGCGAGAGUGCCUGAAAUAUCGGCUGGUCGGGUCCCAGGAGCCUUUGGCUUCAUGGGGGCAUGAAUAUGUCAGACACCUUGCCGGUGAGGUGGCGAAGGAGUGGCAGGAGAUUGAUGAGGCAGACAAGACCCAGAAAGACACUCUUCUGACCUUGGUGAAGGAGAUUGUGCCAUACAACAUGGCCCACAAUGCGGAGCACGAGGCCUGUGACCUGCUCAUGGAGAUCGAGCAGAUGGACAUGCUGGAGAAAUAUAUUGAUGACAAUGCCUACGCCAAAGUCUGUCUGUACCUGACCAGCUGUGUCAGCUACGUCCCAGAGCCUGAAAACUCUGCCCUCCUCCGUUGCGCCCUCAGUAUCUUCCGCAAGUUCAAUCGCUACCCAGAAGCCCUGCGCCUGGCCCUCAUGCUGAACGACAUGGAGCUGGCAGAGAACAUCUUCAUCUCCUGCAAAGAUGUGGUUGUUCAAAAGCAAAUGGCCUUCAUGCUGGGGCGCCACGGAGUCUUCCUGGAGCUCAGCGAGGAUGUGGAAGAAUACGAGGAUCUCACCGAAAUCAUGUCCAACGUCCAACUCAACAGUAACUUUCUGGCCCUGGCCAGGGAGCUGGACAUUAUGGAGCCCAAGGUGCCAGACGAUAUUUAUAAAACUCAUCUAGAAAACAACCGGUUUGGCGGCAGUGGCUCCCAGGUGGACUCGGCUCGCAUGAACCUGGCCUCAUCUUUCGUGAACGGUUUUGUGAAUGCCGCUUUUGGGCAGGAUAAGCUCCUGACGGAUGACGGCAACAAAUGGCUGUACAAGAACAAGGACCACGGGAUGCUGAGUGCUGCGGCUUCGCUAGGGAUGAUCCUGUUGUGGGACGUUGACGGGGGGCUCACACAGAUUGACAAGUACUUGUAUUCUUCAGAAGACUACAUCAAGUCAGGGGCACUCUUGGCUUGCGGCAUCGUGAACUCCGGGGUACGGAAUGAGUGUGACCCUGCUCUUGCGUUGCUCUCCGACUAUGUCCUCCACAACAGCAACAUCAUGAGGAUCGGAGCCAUCUUUGGGCUCGGGCUGGCCUACGCUGGCUCCAACCGAGAAGACGUCCUGACCUUGCUUCUGCCUGUAAUGGGGGAUUCCAAGUCCAGCAUGGAGGUGGCAGGUGUGACAGCCCUGGCCUGCGGAAUGAUUGCUGUGGGCUCCUGCAAUGGAGACGUCACCUCCACCAUCCUCCAAACCAUCAUGGAGAAGUCGGAGACGGAGCUGAAGGAUACGUACGCCAGGUGGCUGCCUCUCGGCCUAGGCCUUAACCAUCUAGGGAAAGGUGAGGCCAUCGAGGCGAUCCUGGCAGCGCUGCAGGUUGUGUCCGAGCCCUUCCGUAGCUUUGCCAACACGCUCGUGGAUGUCUGUGCCUAUGCAGGCUCCGGCAAUGUGUUGAAGGUCCAGCAGCUGCUCCACAUCUGCAGCGAGCACUUUGAUUCCAAGGAGAAAGAGGAGGAGAAAGAGAAGAAGGAGAAAAAGGACAAGGAGAAGAAGGAGAGCCCUGCCGACAUGGGGGCCCAUCAGGGCGUGGCAGUGCUGGGGAUUGCGCUCAUUGCCAUGGGGGAAGAGAUCGGGGCUGAGAUGGCUCUGCGCACCUUUGGUCACCUGCUGCGAUACGGGGAGCCGACCCUUCGCCGAGCGGUGCCUCUGGCCUUGGCCCUCAUCUCGGUCUCCAACCCCCGCCUUAACAUCCUGGACACCCUCAGCAAGUUCUCCCACGAUGCUGACCCCGAGGUGUCCUACAACUCCAUCUUUGCCAUGGGCAUGGUGGGCAGCGGCACCAACAACGCCCGUCUGGCCGCGAUGCUAAGGCAGUUGGCACAGUAUCACGCCAAGGAUCCCAAUAACCUCUUCAUGGUGCGGCUGGCUCAGGGCCUGACGCACCUCGGCAAAGGGACCCUCACCCUCUGUCCCUACCACAGUGACCGGCAGCUUAUGAGCCAGGUGGCGGUGGCGGGCCUCCUGACCGUGCUGGUGUCCUUCUUGGACGUGCGCAAUAUAAUCCUGGGAAAGUCCCACUAUGUGUUGUACGGCCUAGUAGCUGCCAUGCAGCCACGCAUGCUCGUGACCUUUGACGAGGAGCUGCGCCCCCUGCCGGUGUCUGUGAGAGUGGGGCAGGCGGUAGAUGUGGUGGGCCAGGCUGGCAAGCCAAAGACCAUCACAGGCUUUCAGACUCACACGACGCCCGUUCUGUUGGCCCACGGCGAGCGGGCGGAGCUGGCCACGGAGGAGCACCUGCCCGUCACCCCCAUCUUGGAGGGCUUUGUUAUCCUGCGGAAGAAUCCCAACUACGAUGUCUGAGGUGGGGGUGGG